GCCGAAGGAGGAUAAUCGUAUCACGAUCAGUUCUCCCCAUGAAGUAUGAACAUCAUCAUCUGCAGUUUACAGAGAAGUAAACACCAACUGUGCUUUGAAUCAACAAUGCGUUGUAUACAGUAUAUGCCAAAAGGUCUGUUUACGGAGAAAUAUCCACAGAGUCCUAUUAUCCUUGCGCUAAUUUACUUGACGAGAAUCAUGUUUUACUGAAAUUGUAUGUAUGUCAUGUCACAGUUGAACAGUGUCUUCAGGAUCGCUGGUGGCAUGCGAUACAAUGCGGAGGAGCCAUGAAGUUCCUCAUUUUUUUACAUGCGGCAGGUAGCACGUAAUGUACUCUCAUCAUUUAAAACAUUUUUUUUAGGUAUUGCCAUUCUUCAUUUCUGUUCUAAUGAAAAUUCUGUACGGCCAUGUUUUGAUUGUCAGUCAAUUUUUAGGACACCAUCUUGAAUGAAGGCUGUUAUGUCGUAAUCAGGUAUCUGUGUCUUUGUGAUGACAGCAACCGCAAAUUGGAUGGGGAAAUUGAUGGUGUAGGAAACUGCAGCACUUAGAAUUUAAAAAUGUUUUUGUCACUCUACUAUGCAAGAAUUAACAAUUGCCUUCGAUACAAUGCUCACAAUUUUCUAUUUUGUAUGACACUUCAUUAUGACUACGAUGUUAGCAAGACUACUAUAGAAUAUUUUACGAUGCUGUACUGGACAAUACUAGUCCACAUGCUAAAUAAAAUAUUAAUAUAUAUACACACACACACACACGGUCAUAUUCACCUGAGCCCUACUGCGCAUUGCAAAAAUCUGAGUACUGUAUUUUCCGCGCUAUAAGGCGCACCUAAAAGCAUUCCGUUUUCUUAAAAGCCGACAGUGCACCUUAAAAUCCGAUGCGCCUUAUAUAUGGAUUAAUAUUCUUAUUUAUUGGAUGUAGUAUUUUAAAUGUGCUGUAAAGCGCUUUGUUACAGCUGCGGCAGUUGUGAAAGCGCAACAUAAAUAAAGCUGUAUUGUAUUGCCAUUAGCGUAGCUCCUUGUAGUGGAUGCAUACUGCAACUGCAGCAACUAUUGUGGCUUCCAUUCAAUGCGACUCGCAGUGCGCCGUAUAUAUAAAAAACGUUUAAUAAUAGGCCAUUCAUUGAAGGUGCGCCUUAUACUCCGAAGUGCAGAAGAUAUGGUCAUUGAUAGUGGCACCCCACAAAAAAGAUUUGUAAUUACCUGUAGUUGCCACAAGGUGGAGGCAUUACAUGACUAGUCUACCGGAAACUCCUCAACUCACUUCAAAAUGCGUCAUUGUCAACAAAAUGCCACCAAAUGGCGCACAACAUAACAAACUGAGCAUAUAUGUGAAAAAUACUUCUAGACUUUGGAUAACCGUAGUCAGAUUUAUAAUUUACCACACAGCACAAUGUAAUCUUAGGUAGUCAUCAUUUUUUUAACUUCACCGAUUUCUAAGAUUAGCACUAAAAAUGCAGUCAAGCAGAAUAACCAGGGCAGAUGUUUGUCUCACAUUACUGACACACCCAUAAACUGCCCAGGGCGACCGAGAGGCACAAUAGAUGCAUGCGGUUGUGUGCGUGUGUGCGUGUGUGCGUGCGUGCGUGCGUGCGUGCGUGCGUGUGUGUGUGUGUGUCUGUGUGAUGGGGGGUGUCCAGAAAGACCCCUGGAGGAAUUCUGCCACGCAAACUUCUCCACAGGACACACUGCACUCCUUCCCCUGCAGUUAUCAGCAGACGCUUUGGAUUUUCUUCCCUCAUGAGUUUCCCCGACACAGCAGAACCCAAGCGGAUUAAUCUGCUCACCUCCAACUUCUCGGGGAUGGCUCUGUGCGGCUCCAGGACAGGAUUCUACAGGCAGGACCUCAACAGAACUGUGUGGGAAGUCCCGGAAAGGUACCGAGAUCUGAGACAAGUCGGGACGGGCGCUUAUGGAACUGUCUGUUCAGCGUGGGACCGGCGGACCAGCUCGCAGGUGGCCAUCAAAAAGCUCCAUCGGCCUUUUCAGUCCAAACUUUUUGCCAAGAGGGCCUACAGGGAGCUGCGCCUCCUCAAACACAUGAAACAUGAAAACGUGAUCGGCCUGCUUGAUGUUUUUGCGGUGGAAAUUUCCCUUGACCGCCUUCGAGAUUUCUACUUGGUAAUGCCCUUCAUGGGUACGGACCUGGGCAAACUCAUGAAGCUGGAGAGGCUGUCAGAGGACAGAGUUCAAUUCCUCGUCUACCAGAUGAUGAAAGGACUCAAGUAUAUUCACUCCGCGGGGAUCAUCCACAGGGACCUGAAGCCAGGAAAUCUAGCCAUCAAUCCGGACUGUGAAUUAAAGAUUCUCGACUUUGGCCUGGCGAGGCAGGCCGAUGCGGAGAUGACAGGCUACGUGGUGACGCGCUGGUAUCGAGCCCCCGAGGUCAUUCUCAACUGGAUGCACUACACGCAAACAGUAGAUAUCUGGUCCGCCGGUUGCAUUAUGGCAGAGAUGCUCCUGGGGAAGCCACUGUUCAAGGGCAACGAUCACCUGGACCAGCUCCGAGAAAUCAUGAAGAUCACCGGAACACCGGCUGCAGACUUUGUGAUGAAAUUACAAAGCCAAGAUGCCAAAAACUACCUCAGAGGUUUGUCAAAAGUACCCAAAAAGGAUCUCCAUUCCAUCUUUUCAAAAGCCAGCUCACACGCCGUGUCCGUGUUGGAAAAGAUGUUGCUCCUCGACCCCGAGGAGCGGGUCAGUGCCACGGAAGCCCUGGCUUUUCCCUUCUUCGCCGACUUCCGCGACACGGAGGACGAGACCGAGGCGCAGCCGUACGACCAAACCAUGGACAACACGGACCUGACGCUCGACCAGUGGAAACGACAUACUGUCACAGAGAUACUAACCUUCAGGCCUCCACAGGACUCCAGAGAAACAUCACUUUAAAUAAUGUACAAAUCCAGGCGAGGUACACAACCCCCGAACUGGCUGCCAGCCGGCUUGCAGAUCUCAACAAAUGAACAUUCACACUAAUGAACAUUAUAGAGUCAACAUGCAUGUUUUUGGAAUGUGAGUGAUUUGUUUUGUUUUUGAGCAUAGGAACAUGUUAGUAUGCGGUUUAUU